GCGGCGCCAUUUUAAGCCUCUCGGUCUGUGGCAGCCGCGUUAGGCCGGCCCCGGGAGCGGAGAGCGAGGGGAGGCGGAGACCGAGGAAGGUCCGAGGAGCAGCUCCGUUCCUCGUCGAGCCGCCACUGCAGGCCGAGGACGGUCGGACUAUCGCGGCGGGAGGAGCCUGUUCCCCUGAGGGUCUCUGAAGUACACCAUACUACGGUUUUGAAAGUCUUGCGUGGACAAUGGCUACCCAAGCUGACUUGAUGGAGCUGGACAUGGCCAUGGAGCCAGACAGAAAAGCAGCUGUUAGUCACUGGCAGCAACAAUCUUACCUGGACUCUGGAAUCCAUUCUGGUGCCACUACCACAGCUCCUUCUCUGAGUGGUAAAGGCAAUCCUGAGGAAGAGGAUGUGGAUACCACCCAAGUCCUGUAUGAGUGGGAGCAGGGAUUUUCUCAGUCCUUCACUCAAGAACAAGUAGCUGAUAUCGAUGGACAGUAUGCAAUGACUCGAGCUCAGAGGGUACGAGCUGCUAUGUUCCCUGAGACAUUAGAUGAGGGCAUGCAGAUCCCAUCUACACAGUUUGAUGCCGCUCAUCCCACUAAUGUCCAGCGUCUGGCUGAACCAUCACAGAUGCUGAAACAUGCAGUUGUAAAUUUGAUUAACUAUCAAGAUGAUGCAGAACUUGCCACACGUGCAAUCCCUGAAUUGACAAAACUGCUAAAUGAUGAAGACCAGGUGGUGGUUAAUAAGGCUGCAGUUAUGGUCCAUCAGCUUUCUAAAAAGGAAGCUUCCAGACACGCCAUCAUGCGUUCUCCUCAGAUGGUGUCUGCUAUUGUACGCACCAUGCAGAAUACAAAUGAUGUGGAAACGGCUCGCUGUACUGCUGGGACCUUACACAAUCUUUCCCAUCAUCGUGAGGGCUUGCUGGCCAUCUUUAAGUCUGGGGGCAUUCCUGCCCUGGUGAAGAUGCUUGGUUCACCAGUGGAUUCUGUAUUGUUUUAUGCCAUUACAACUCUCCACAACCUUUUAUUGCAUCAGGAAGGAGCUAAAAUGGCAGUGCGUUUAGCUGGCGGGCUGCAGAAAAUGGUUGCCUUGCUCAACAAAACAAAUGUUAAAUUCUUGGCUAUUACAACAGACUGCCUUCAGAUUUUAGCUUAUGGCAAUCAAGAAAGCAAGCUGAUAAUUUUGGCUAGUGGUGGACCUCAAGCUUUAGUGAAUAUAAUGAGGACCUACACCUAUGAGAAACUACUGUGGACCACAAGCAGAGUACUGAAGGUGCUCUCUGUCUGCUCUAGUAAUAAGCCAGCUAUUGUAGAAGCUGGUGGAAUGCAAGCUUUAGGACUUCACCUGACAGAUCCAAGUCAACGUCUUGUUCAGAAUUGUCUUUGGACUCUGAGGAAUCUUUCAGAUGCUGCAACUAAACAGGAAGGGAUGGAAGGUCUUCUUGGGACCCUUGUUCAGCUUCUGGGCUCAGAUGAUAUAAAUGUGGUCACCUGCGCAGCUGGAAUUCUUUCUAAUCUCACUUGCAAUAAUUACAAGAACAAGAUGAUGGUGUGCCAAGUGGGUGGUAUAGAGGCUCUUGUGCGUACUGUCCUUCGUGCUGGUGACAGGGAGGAUAUCACUGAGCCUGCCAUCUGUGCUCUUCGUCAUCUGACCAGCCGACACCAGGAAGCUGAGAUGGCCCAGAAUGCUGUUCGCCUUCACUAUGGACUGCCAGUUGUGGUUAAACUCCUACAUCCACCAUCCCAUUGGCCUCUGAUCAAGGCUACCGUUGGACUGAUUCGAAAUCUUGCCCUUUGUCCCGCAAAUCACGCACCUUUGCGUGAGCAGGGUGCCAUUCCACGACUAGUUCAGUUGCUGGUUCGUGCACAUCAGGAUACCCAGCGCCGUACAUCUAUGGGUGGAACACAGCAGCAGUUUGUGGAGGGGGUCCGCAUGGAAGAAAUAGUUGAAGGUUGUACUGGAGCCCUUCACAUCCUAGCUCGGGAUGUUCACAACCGAAUUGUUAUCAGAGGCCUAAAUACCAUUCCAUUGUUUGUGCAGCUGCUUUAUUCUCCCAUUGAAAACAUCCAAAGAGUAGCUGCAGGGGUCCUCUGUGAACUUGCUCAGGACAAGGAGGCUGCAGAAGCUAUUGAAGCUGAGGGAGCCACAGCUCCUCUGACAGAAUUACUUCAUUCUAGGAAUGAAGGCGUGGCAACAUAUGCAGCUGCUGUUUUGUUCCGAAUGUCUGAGGACAAGCCACAGGAUUAUAAGAAACGGCUUUCGGUUGAGCUGACCAGUUCUCUCUUCAGAACGGAGCCAAUGGCUUGGAAUGAGACUGCUGAUCUUGGACUUGAUAUCGGUGCCCAGGGAGAACCCCUUGGAUAUCGCCAGGAUGAUCCCAGCUAUCGUUCUUUUCACUCUGGUGGAUACGGCCAGGAUGCCUUGGGUAUGGACCCCAUGAUGGAGCAUGAGAUGGGCGGCCACCACCCUGGUGCUGACUAUCCAGUUGAUGGGCUGCCAGAUCUGGGGCAUGCCCAGGACCUCAUGGAUGGGCUGCCUCCAGGUGACAGCAAUCAGCUGGCCUGGUUUGAUACUGACCUGUAAUCAUCCUUUAGGAUGAAGUUGAAUAAACUUAAGUAAUGAUGGAAAGAGCCUUACCGCUAGUAGACGGAAUUGUUUGUUUGCCAAGCCUCUUUAGCACUUACCCCUGGGUUAAAUUGCACCAAAAGUGUUUCAGCCUUGAACGUUGAUUCUGAGCUUGUGUAAGAAGAGGGGGGAGUCCAUCGUCUCCAACUGAAGGACUCUGGGCUUAGAGCCUAUGGCCAAGACUCCUUCAUCCUGGCUGCAGCCAUGUGUAUAAUCCUGCCCACGUGACUAAAGGCAUCUAGUUCUUUGGCUUUCAGUUUUGUCCUGUGUUGCCCAAUAGGCAUCCCCCACCCCAGACUCCAUCACAUGGUUUCAUUCCUUUAAGGUAAUAAUGAAGAAUUACUCACCUGGAUUUGGACUUCAAGCACCUUCACAGAAGUGUGACUCAUUUGGAGCGGGGAAUUCCUUCAACUCCACUUUGAACUGAUAGUUAAGAUGGUUUACCUGCCGAUGUUUAUCUGAACAUAUCAGAGAGAACUAGAAUGGGCCUUCUUCCAUGCUCUCUGCCAGGUGAGCCUGUCAUCCUGGUGGUAGGUCUGACAAGCUUAGUUCAUCCCUGAGGGCAGAGUCAGUAGAGCUGUUUGUUAGAACUUGUGUUUUGGGCUUUAAAAAGCAUGGAAGUGUUUUGUGCUUAGGGAGGGCUGUUUGUGAUUUACUGUGUAUUUAAAAACAUGUAUUCAGUACCUUUUUGUUGGAUGAGGACCCUUUGAGAAAGCUUUAUAAGUUCUUCCCUGUGGUCUAAGAUGUAAUUGGGAUUGGAGAGGAAACAUUUGUGUACCUGGUGAGGGGGCAGUUGUGCCUCCAGUGCAUGACACAGAGAACCAAGGCAGCAUUGCAUAACUGUUAGGUAGGCUAGAGCUAUUGGUUAGAGUGAAGAUCUCUAGUGAGUUCAGCUUUUAACAUAAAGAACCACAGCAGGGUGGUUUUUUUUUUUUUAAAACCAGAAAACAUUCCAGAGCUUUGCCUAAAAUCAUUAUAGUUUUGAAGUUCCAUGUAAAAACUUUACAUGAAGGUUAAUCUGAUUCAGCAAAGGUAGUUCUGCAAUGCACUUAGAAGGACAAAGAGCCAAGAACGGCAGAGACACUUGUGAAGAAUAAGAUGACAGGAGGACUUGUUCUGUCAGCUGUCAAGGCCUAACUGUAAAGCUAGAGGUGGUUAAAUUUACACUGUUAUUGGCAUGUGUGUAGAAGUAUACACUAAGGGAACAGAAUAAGACGAAGACAAUAGACACUUUAAGGGUAGCAUUGGAAGUCAGUGUGCAAAAGAGGGACUUUUUAGUAAAAGUGUAGAACAGUUAGGUAGCCAUUUGGAUAAAACUGAAAUUAAUGCAAGAAAAAAUCCAUGAUCAACAAAAUAUCAGAAGCCCUCACUGGAAGCCCAUGUGUCCAAUAAUUUGCAAGAGAAUGGCCGCAAUGCAGUAAAAGACCACAGCUUCAACACAAUAGUAUGGGUAUAUCUCAAAUAUGAUACUGAACAAAAGCAAGUCACAAAUGCAUGCCGUAGGACUGCACUGGUGCAAAGAGAAAGGCAAACUGUUUUAAGGAGAUCAUCCAGAGAUAGUAAAACUAAAGAAAUUAGGGCCCCCUAAGAGGCAAGAAAAUUUAGAUUACCACAAAAAAACAGAAUAGUGGUUACCUGGGGAUGGAGGUGCGUAGGACAUCCGAUCCCAUUGCAGUGACCACCAAUGAGCUGAAAAAUGAAGCUUUUCCAUGUUGGAUGAGGUGUUCUAGACAUGAGGCUUUGAUCUGGUUAUUGGAAUCCUUGACAGUGAAAGAUCUUGAGAUAAAUAUGUCUUGAUUAGUGUAAUAAAAACGGAAGAUCCGAA